GUAGCUAAAUUUGACAACUCGCCCAACGUUGCAAAGCAUCUUUAUCUGCGGCAAAAUACUGAACCAGAACGUGUUCAGCAAGAGUAUUUUUUGUUUGAAUUCCCUUUGGAAAAUGUUGUCCAGCUUAUCGAAAGCAUUCUCGGGCAUUAGCUUAUGCUCGGCAGCUCGUGUUCUGAACCAGCAAACACGGAACACCUUCGUCCUGAAGCGCCGAAAUCCGCCGAACCUGUACAAGAAAAAUCAGAAGCCGGGCAAGCUGCUGGGCCGACAUUACGUGUACGAUCUAGUCGAAGACACCACCGUCAAGAAGAAGCCGAACCUGGAAGUGGUGCUGACCAGUUUCGUGGAAGGAAUCGGUUCCAAGGGGGACGUUGUUUCGCUGAAACCUCACGUCGCCUACAACAAAUUGCUGCUGCCGGGAUUGGCCGUGUAUAAAACGCCGGAAGCAGUGGCCAAAUAUGCCUCGGCCCAGGAGGAUAGGGAAAAGGAAUUGCACAGCUCGGCGUACGCACAGCGGACUGUCAACAAACUACAGGAGAUAGUGCUGGCCGUGGUGAUGAAUAAGGAUCAUCCGUGGGUCAUCGAGCGGUGGCAUAUUAAGGCCUCGCUACGAAAGGCAGGAUUCUACGUUCCUGAGGAGGCGAUAACCCUGCCGGAAACGCCUAUCGCCGGGCCGGAUUUGAUGAAGCAGAAUAAGGAAUUCUGCUGCACGAUCACGAUCAAUAACUUGGAGAAGGCCCGACUUCGCUGCCGAAUCCAUCACUGGAGCACGGAACCAAGCGAACGAUUGCCAUACGUGUUUGAGCAUUGGAAGAUGCAGGCGGAACCGUUGUUCGGAGAUUCCACGGCACCGGAGCCGAAGAAGGAAUGAACUUGUGAAUUAUCGUUACUAGGAGAUAGAUAAACCAAUAGAUUUGACCUAAAACUCGU